AUGUCGUUCAAACAAAGUUUACCUAUUCACAUUAGAUUUCAAGUGUAUCAAUUAGCGAAACUACGAGUGCUUCAAUUUUACUACGACUCUAUUGAUUAUUCCAUUGACAAAAGUGAUUAUCAGUACUGUAUGAUGGACACUGAUUUAGCUUACAUUGCUAUAUCUGAUGAAUCGUUAGAAGUCAUAAAACCAAGCUUAAAAGAUGAAUUUAAAAAGAAUCGGCAUCUGUGGUUGGGAAGAGACGAUACCAUUGAGAAUAAGGUGUAUGACAGCAGAACGCCGGGUCUGUUCAAGUUGGAAUAUGAAGUAAACUGUAUUAUAUCAUUGGCCAGUAAAAUGUACUAUUGUGAUGAAAACAAAUUCAGCUCAAAAGGGAUUAACAAGAAACAAAAUGAAAUCACAAAACAAAAGUAUGUGGAUGCUUUAAAAGAUGAUGAUGGUAAUAUUCUUCCAAAGGCAUACAAAUACUAUGAACUACAACGUAUUGAAUCUACCCAACGGUUUCAUACAGAAUCUAGACAGAGAGAACCACGAAUGACAAAUAAGGAGCGUCGAAAUAAAAGAGAAUUGGAAGAAUUGGGUAGAAUUAGAGGUCCAGCUCAUAAAAACGGAGAACAUUAA